AGCGGGCGCGAAGCGCUGCCACUUUGCUCAUCGACCUCGACGUAUCGCGAUCCGCGACACCUUCCCCCGAGUGAGACCGAACACCUGGGAGGAUCCAGGUGUCACCUCCGCCAGUGUCUCGUCCGUCUGAUCACCUCCGGCUUAGAUAGAGUACGGGUCAUGUUCCUCUGAGGUGCCACGCCGGCUAUACCACCGCACGAGUUUCGAUAAGUUAAGCCAGGUGUUCAGGACGUCGACUCCGCUCGGCGAGAGUCGUUUCUUCCACGCCUGUUGCCGUCCACGGGAAUCACAUUCGCACUUCCGGAGAACGCUGACCUAUCUGGGUCCUCAAGGCAAUGGCGAACAUAUUCAAUUCCACGGCGACGUUAAUAAAUGACGCCUACAAUUACUACCUCUGGACCCUGUCCCUCGCUGACGAACGAACGAGAGGAUGGCUGCUGGUCGAUUCGCCGAAGCCUACUUUGAUCUACACGAUGUUGUAUCUGCUGAUAGUGUGGGCCGGGCCAAAGAUCAUGAGAAAUCGGAAAGCGUUCAAGCUGACCUGGGCCCUCGUACCCUAUAAUCUCUCGAUGGCCUGUCUGAACGCGUACAUCGCCAUUCAGUUGUUUGUAGCAUCCACCAGGUUAAGUUACAGUUACGUCUGCCAGCCGAUCAGACAGGUGACGCGUCCAGACGAAGUACAGAUCGCUCACGCAGUUUGGUGGUACUACUUCAGCAAACUCCUCGAGUUUUGUGAUACGUUCUUCUUCAUCCUCCGGAAGAAGAACAAUCAACUAAGCUUCCUCCAUGUUUACCAUCACUCCACUAUGUUCUCGUUAUGGUGGAUCGGCAUCAAAUGGGUCCCAAGCGGAUCAACUUUCCUGCCAGCAAUGGUGAAUAGCUUCAUCCACGUGCUCAUGUACUCGUACUACGGGCUGGCCGCGUUCGGACCAACCGUCGCUAAAUACCUCUGGUGGAAGAAAUACCUGACGAUCCUUCAGCUGAUACAGUUCACCACUGCCCUGAUCCUCGGGAUCAACGGCAUUCGAUCAGGAUGCGAUUUCCCGCUUUGGAUGCAGUACGCCCUCGUAAUCUACAUGAUCUCGUUCAUCGCCCUUUUCGGAAACUUCUACGCCAAAGCAUACAUCGCGAAGGGCAAGCAAGCGUACGCGGAACGACAGCUCGAGAAGAUGAAGGCAGCAAGCGUGCUGAUGAAAAUGGAUCUGACAGAGGGCAUGAAAUGCAACGGGAUCAUCGCGAACGGACACACGAACGGUGUGUCGAAAAAGACUCAAUAGAAAUCGUAUUUGCUACAAUGUUAGCGCGUCGUCGUCGGAGCUCGUAUUUUCCGAGCGGUCGCGACGAUGAAGAGCAUAGAAUAAAAAAGAAACAGACGGAGAUCCUUGAAGAGAAUCGCCUCAGCUAACAUCAAACAACCGGAAAUCCACGUUCGGCCAGGAUAUUGUAGUGCUUGGAUGUUCACGGUGCACUCCGUGGCCCCACGAUCGCAUACGAACCCGCAUAAAUCCCCACACCAUGAGUUCGAUGUCGUCUGCGAACCGAUGCAACGCGAUUGUAAACUUAACCGGCCUGCGAUUUUCAAUUUUCGUUUCACACAUGGGACCGAGGAGCUGAGAGAGCUCGAAUCGCUGGCCCAGCAUAUUGUAAAUACAAAUUAUAGUCAAAUAUACACGGUGUUCAGGGAAGUCCUCGGCCGCUGAUUGCCAUCUCGGUCAACGAGUAGAAUUUAUUGCUUUACGUCAUAGAUUCACGGGAUACAAAAAGCGAAACUCCGCGUUGUUCGAUAACCGGUUUCCGGUGCGCAUGCGUCAACAAUGAAUACAGAUCCAAAAUAAUUUAUUCGAAUGCACGUGCGUUACAUACAUACGUACACGUGCGCGCGUGCGUACGCAGGAUCGAAACUUACCAGUUUAGCUGGAACCAUUUAAACCGAACGGUUUUCUAACGUUUCGAAUUUCUGAAAUGAAGUGUCCGUUCAGCCUCCUUUUCCAGAAUGCCAGUCUAAAGAAUCGAGAAAUCUACUUGAAGAAGUUGUAACAUUGUUCGUAAGUAGAUCUAAGUCUUAGACCUUAAGAUCUCGGGGGCAAAGGUAUCGAAGGUUCUGGCAGGACUUUCGAUUCUGGUAUUCCGUGGCUUCGCUAAUACGUUUUCUUGCGUGACUUCCGGCUUCACAGCACCGGAACGUUUGAAUCGGAAGUUCAGUUAUUGACGUUGUCACGUUACGACCACUGCCGGAGAAUUAUAAGGUGCUGCAACAAAAUUGAAUCGAAAACAAAAGUCGCGUUAAUCCCAUUGGCGUUCGAGAGGUUAACAAACACUCGGUUGAAAUUACGAUUAAGAGGAACGCAUGUAGGGGAACGUGUUAAAAUCAUCGAAACGGAGGUCUAAUUGCUACUUCAUUUAUUCCCCCCAUAACGUCGCGUAAUUAGACACAGCGAGACGUUCGGAAACAGUGACAAUUUAUUUUAUAUUAUUUUCGCACUUAUUGGCCGCCGUUUUGCUGUCGUUUCGUAUUGUGUCGCGAGGGGAAGCGGUGGCCAGAGACGCGACGCUACGGAGGAAAUACUGUAUCGAAAGAACGCGACGCUUUCGCGCAUAGCGAUUUCAAUGGACAGCCAAGGUAGAAUGACUUCCGAAACACCCUGUAUAGAAGUUAUAGUCGUCAAUAGGAGUUACGUGAUCGCCCGUUCGAUCGAAUACGAUAAUGUCGCGUAAGUGUAAGCUUAAAUGUAAGCGAUCUUUUUCGUGGCCGACGGUGAGGAUCUGUCUUGUAAAAAGAUUGUGGCAACGGAUCGUCGAGUCAAAGGCAAUUACAGUGAAGUUCUGCAGGGUGUCCAAUACUACAAACAAACCGUUUUCACAAAUUCAGAGAACUUCGUAAGAGCCUUCUUCUCCGAGGAAAUUUAGGUCUGUUUAUCGUUUAUAUUAAGAGGGAUGCGAUGUUAUUCAAUUCUUUUUCUAUUUAUUUAUUUAUUUAGUCGUCUCUUCGGCGCACGUGAAAGCAAAUAAGAAACGAAAACAAGGCGAUCGGACGUUACCGUGUUCAGUUUUUCUUUAUCUAUACUAUCUCUCGCGGUAAUCUGGUGUAUGCUGGGAACUAAAAGCUGUCGUUGAAAUCUCCGGGGUUCAAAGUUAUAGUGUAAUUCGUGGUUUAAUGAGAAUUCAAAUAUAUCGAGGACAAUGGAAACUAAAUAAUACCGUGGUGUGGUGUGAACGUAUAGUAGAAGUAGAAUUAGCGAGCAAUAGGCAGACGAAUUAAUAAGUUGUUCGAUGAGACGUUUAUGACUCGUGUUUCUCGUGAAAACACUGGACACCCUGCAUGUAGUCGCACAUUGGUCGUCUAGGUAGAAUAUCGUAUCGUUACGUAGAGAUAUGGUUGUUCACGAAAUACGUGGAAGUUUUCCAAAAAAAAUUAUGUAUUUUCGAGCAACAUUAUCAGUUUUCUGCAAAACCGUCGAUUUUAUGCAUAUUUAACCAAUUCUGUGGAAAAUGAUCAAUUUUUUGCAGAACUACCAAACCUUUUUGCAAAUGAUCAAUAUCGUGCAAAAUUAUUCAUAUUGUGCGAUAUUUUAAUCCACGCAAAAAUUCAUUGCUUCGAUCUUUCAUAAAUAAUAUCUUUCGCUCUUCCUCGUUUUAUAUACCAUUUUGUGGAAUUCUCCAAUAAAUACACUGCCCCGAAAUUUUCGGAAAAGAUCGAACGUCAUUAGGACAAUAUUCCUGUGAUCAACUGUACUUCGCGAUCGAUCGUUUUAAAAGAAAGAAGAAUCUCGGAUUCUGACACGUCAAAAACCAUAGAUUAUGGUGUACACGUUUUGUGAACGAAAAACAAUUUGCAUUUUGCAGAUACAUGCCUAACAUUGUAUUUAUAAGGGAGGAUUAUUUAAUAAAUAUUAUUUACUAGGCAUUUGUAGAAAAUAAAAGCAAGAUUCGCUGUUAGUUUACCACGAAAAUUUGUUUAUUUAUAUUAUACGCGACUGUUUUAUAUAUUUCGGAGAAUGUUUCGUUUGUAUUGUAUAGAUUACACGAACGUUUACACGAAGAAACAUUUUUCGACGAUUUUAUACACAUACACGUACACGCACACACACAAUAAAUACACAUUGUGAAUGAAUGGAACAUUUUUUUUUGCGCGUGUUUAUUUAAAUUGUAACAAUUUCUGAGAACGCAGAGACUAAGAAUAACGCACAAACAGAAACGAUACAAUUGUCAAUUUGUAGAAGAACGCAAAAAUUUUUACAUCCGGUUUCGAGCCGAUACACGGCAAUUGUAAAAACUAUGUUAAGUGGAAUUUGUAUAGAGAAUACUUAUUGAUUUUGAUGCUUCUAUUA